CCAUUUAUAGAUGUUUGUUAGAGGAACAACAUUUAUUUUUGCAUCUUUAAUCAACUGUGCUUCAAUUCCAAACUAGUUUGUUCUUUUAUAUUAAUUCUAUGUAAAUCAUAUAAAAGAAUUACCAUAUGCUAUAUUUUGCACAUAAGAAGAGAAACCCACUGAUGCAACUGAUGAAAAAACCAAGAUUCAUUCACCCUUCUUCAGUUGUUCAUCCAAUUGCCAUUUUGGGUCAUUGGGUGAUGUAAAGUUACAUUCUUUCCUAUGUUUAUGCCUUUCUGUUCAUUAAAAUCUAAAGUCUUUACCAUUUAUAGAUGUCUGUUUUGGUAGCAAGUUUUAUUUUUGCUUCAUUAGUCACUUAAUCAUGUAUACUUCAACCCCGAACUAGUUGGGACUGGUUAUAUCGAAAAUUAAUCUUAGAUUAAUCUCUUUAGGCUGUCUGUCAUUUUUUUUUUUUUUUGGGUAACCGUGGUGUCCGGGCCAACUUAUGGGAACCUCGACUAAUUCCACAGGAUAUAUGCCACCAGGCUGACUGUCAUAAUAACAACUCCUUUCCUUUAGUCGUAUUGGGACCUGCUAUAUUUUGCACCAUGGUUGUAGCUUCUUCAUAUUUUUUCCUUCAUUAGUAUAGUUUGGAAAAUUAGGGCUCUUGAUUAGGGUUGGAACCUCUGGUGAUAUCUUUUAGAUGCUUCGGAGUAAGAAAAACCCUUUGAUGAACUGAUGGAAAACCAAGAUUCAUUUACCCCUCUUCUGUUGUUCAUCGCAGUGCCAUUUUGGGUGAUGGCGUUGCAAUUGGUCCCUUCUGUACCAUUGGGCCUUUCGCAAAGUUGGGAAGGGCUUGUCAACUGUACCCUGGAAGCCACAUCUUUGGAAAUACUGAACUGGGGGACAAUUGCACACUAAUGACUGGUGCUGUAAUUGGAGAUGAUCUUCCUGGUCAUACAGUCAUCGGGAGAAACAAUAUUUUUGGGCAUCAUGCUGUAAUUGGUGUUAAGUGCCAGGACAUGAAAUAUAAGUUUGGGAAUGAGUGUUUUCUCGAGAUUGGUGACAACAAUGAAAUCAGGGAACAUGUAUCCAUCCAUCGAUCUUCAAGUCCAAGUGAUAAAACCGUUAUUGGUCAUAAUAAUCUUAUUAUGGGCUCUUGCCAUAUAGCUCAUGACUGCAAAGUGGGCAACAACAACAUUUUGGCAAACAAUACACUUCUUGCAGGUCAUGUUGUGGUGGAGGACUACGCUCACACUGCAGGAGGUAUUGUAGUUCAUCAAUUUUGCCGUAUUGGUUCGUUUUCUUUCAUUGGUGGUGGUUCAGUGGUUUCUCAAGACGUUCCAAAGUACAUAAUUGUCUCUGGCGAAAGAGCUGAGCUUCGUGGGUUGAAUCUUGAAGGCUUAAGACGACGUGGAUUCUCUGCUACAGAGAUUAAGAGCCUGAGAGCAGCUUAUAGAAAGAUAUUUAUGCCCACUGAUACAAAUUCUGGGAAUAUUGAAGAUCGACUAGCUCAAGUGGAGCAGCACAAAGAGCUGGGUCUAUUUCCAGUUGUUUGUUCCAUGGUACAGUCAAUACGUGAUUCUUUUGCUCAACAUCGCCGUGGAAUUUGCAAAUUUAGAAGCUGGAGUGGGUCUUAGCAUCUUUUAUUUCAACUUCUGACCUCAUUCUCUGACAAAGUGAAAACAAGUGAUGAAUUCCUGCCCGUUUGAUAGAAAGUUUUAGCGAGGCGAACAAUGUUGUACAAGGACCAUAUUCAUUAUUUAAGCUUGUUAUGGAGGAACAAUGAACUGAGAAGUGAUGAAUGGAUUAAAUGAACCUCAAUGAUGUCAAAGUUUGUAUAUCUCAAAGUUGCUUCUUACAGAAUCUCGUGGUUGAGUGUUGAAGCUGCUAAUUCACAUGAGCACUAAUAUUGUUUCUUUAUUGCCUUGUAAUUGUAUGUCUUUGCAACCAAGUUCCCGCUUUUAUACUAGUCUUCAACCCAUUCCAUUCUCUGUUACUCUGUCAUUCUUUGCUUGGUUAGAGUUAGAUUCUUGUUUGAUGGAAGACACUCCUUGUUUGUAUGGA